AUGACAUGCCUGAUAUACGAACCUGCUGUCCAAGACAAUGUGCCGUGCUCAUACGCCAAUGAGUUUUGCAGCAGUGAAGAAACAGCUUUGUUGACAGCCAUCAUGUCUUGCUACCUUGAGAACGAACGCCAACUGCUUAAAGCCGGAGCUGACCCCAUCGCGCUUGGCCAGAGCGGCGAAUCGGCCUUUGAACUCUCGGUCUAUUGCGCAGAAGAUCCGAGUCGCCAUGAGAGAAAAGAAGCAUUUCAGGAAAUCACAAAGCUCUUUCUCGAAACGUUGAGACCGGCUGGACUCAAAUGGUUUGCGAGGCUGAAUACGCGAGGCCUGUCGCCCCUUUGCUGGGCCGCGUGCCACAACGCCAUCGAUGUCAUGCGUUACCUCCUGGAUAGCGGAGAGAACGUCAACCAACAAAGCUGUCUAGGUAUGACUCCGCUGCAUUGUUCAGCGGAAUGUGACCGGGAAGAGGCGUGUCGCCUUCUUGCGCAGAAGGACAUUGAAGUAGAGAAAAAGGAUCACCACGGCGCUACAGCCAUUCAUCACGCCGCGAAGAAUGGGCAUGGCGAUGAAUCUGUCGCACAGCGUCUUCUCGCCGAAAAUACUGAAAGAGAUAUCGCUAUGGAGGUGAUUGGUUAUGAUCCGCGUACGAGAGAAUCAUCAAGCGUGCUUCACAACGCUGUGAGACACUGUAGCCUCGAAAUCGUGCGCCGGCUGCUUGUGGUUAGGUUCUUGAUCUAUACCAUUCCAGAGUUAAUCAAACCUGAUAUUUUGAGCUUUGAAAUCUUCAAGUCGGAGAUGCUUACUCGAGAAAGCUACGUGGAGGAAGCGACAGAGCUAUAUGAUUGCGGCUACCCCGCGGAUAAAUGCCCUCCAUAUAUGGUUAUUUAUGAAACACUACGAACCAUUUGCGAGAAUCAACAAGAAAUUGUGGAGAACCGUAAAGAGAUAAAUGUCUUGUCCGUUCUGGCCGCUUUGCCUCGAACCACAGAAAUAGAGCUGGACUUCCCUCAAUCGAUCGAUGAGCCUCAAUGGGUUGACUCGUACCUUUCACUAGACAUGACCGCGAAAGAAGUGUCGAAUACACAUCACCUACAGGCUAUUACAAAGGCUCUACAAAGGAGACCAGAGUCGAGGGCUUCCUUAGUAACAAUAGAGUUGUCCUCUCUGCACCUUCCGUACUACUCUCCUUGGGAACUGCCAAAUUUUUCCGCUCUAUCUGAUGCAUUAGAACGCUUGCUCGAGCAGUGUACGACUUUGCGCAUCACUGAGAGGAGCGCUUCCCUAGAGCUACUCCUCGGACCAUUUGACGCAGCUACAGAGACGCUCUUCGCCGCCCGCGCGGACAACCUCACCGAGGCAAUGCAGCGGCAUACUCUGUAG